AACCAGUUUUCGCACAAACAUAGUCCAUAAUACAUCACACUUCUCGAUUCUGUCCUGAAGAAACAUUAGAUCAGCUUGGCUAGUUAACAUUGUAUCAAACACGCACAAGAAUGGAUAAACUUACUGAAGGGCAAAUUCAAGAGUACAGAGAUGCAUUUCAACACUUUGACAAGGACAGCAGUGGUUUUAUUACCACCAAAGAACUCGGAAACGCCAUGCGCUCCUUGGGUGAAAAUCCACGUGAAGAAGACUUACAGAUGAUGAUUAAUAGUGUGGACAUUGAUGGCAAUGGACAGAUGGAUUUUGAGGAAUUUGUUAAAUUAAUGGUGGCAAAAAAUCAGUUCUCUUUCAAUGAGGAGGAAGCCAAAGAAGCAUUUUAUAUUUUUGAUCGUGACUGCCGAGGCUAUGUGAUGUCGGAUGAUCUGCGACAAGUCUUUCAGACACUGGAGGAAAAAAUUCCUGAUCAUGAAAUCAAUGAUAUGUUGCAAGAUCAGAAACAUCAGUUUCAGAGGAAGAUAACGUUUGAUGAUUUUUUUCAAAUGACCAAAGAAGGUGUCUGCCCCAAGGAAUCCAAACAAAAGGAGAAGGAGCCUGCUCGUCCAAAAUAUGCACGAAGACGGCAAAAGUUUUAUAUCUACAGCUAAGCAUUUGAUGACACUGCUGUUUGUGUUCUGUGAUGGGAUGUGUUUUGUUCAAAACUUUUUGUCAGCCAUUCAGAUAAACCUUUGAAGCUCUCGUAUGAGCAGAGUUAGAAUUAUUUAAAAUUCUUCUUCUCAUUCUGAGAGACUAAAUGCUUCAUGUAUAUCGAAAACGUGACAUGAUUCUUCCUAAGUAAUCUUUAAAUCUCAACUCCCCUACCAUUUCCGAAGCCACCAACGGGACUGAUCGAGAGAUAAUCGAUUUGUACUCACGCGAAAAUGCCAUCUCUAUGCUGAGUAUAUGUUUCAUAAAUCCAAAACAACUGGAUGGCUCGAGUCUAUAAAAAUUUUCAGGAAUUCCCUUUUGUAUGACAUGUGCAAGGGGAAAUCACGCUCAUUUAAUUUUCCGAUAUGGAACUGUAAGGCUAGGAUCUACGGGAAGUCCCGCGUGAUAACGGGUGAAGUCCGUGAUAAAGCGUGAAGGUUGCACUGAUCAUGACGUCAUUAUCAUUGUUAUCAAAGGCGUUAUCGAUAUUUUUUUGUACUCUAGAGGACAAUGUUUCAAUUACACAGUUGUCGAUGUUUUUCUCCUCUCUCUUUAUCUAUACCUAUAUUGGUUGUUGCCUAUAUACAAGUCAGAAAAGGUGUUCAUCCGUUUCUUAAGUUUACUUUCGGUAGGAAAAGAUGAUUUGUCCUUCAGUGUCCGGUAUGUAAACUCUUUGUGUAAAACCACAGACCAUAAUGUUGUGCUCCAUAGGUAAUUGGAGUUGUGGUUUCUUUAAUCAAGCAUUAAUCAUAAUGAAGAAGCAUUUGUUCUGGGUACUAUUUGUUCCAUCUAUAGCUAAUAAGGUUUGGAUACUAUAAAAUUCUAAUAAAAAAAAACGAUUUUUCAUGUCCUUCGAAAGAGAGUUAAGAAGUAUAAAAACUGACGUUAGUAAAGUAUUAAAACGAACUGUCAUUAAAAAGGGUUACAUACGACUUCAA